AUGAAAGCCGAGAAAUGCCGAAUGUGUAAAGAAGAAUUCGAUGAAGCACCCGAAAGUUAUUGUAAUUGCCUCAAAAAAUAUCACAAAACAUGCAUGGAAAAGUGGUUAACACGAUAUUCACAGAUGGAAUGUAAAUAUUGUGGGAAAGACCUGAAAACUCAAUCAAGAAAGCCGACGUCGGAAGAAAUUGAAGCUAGGAGAAAACAGAGAAAUGAGUUUUUGUGGAUAUAUUUACCUGUGAUUUUGAUAUGUGUAUUGAUGUUAGUGCCAGUGUAUUAUAUUCUGAAACUUGAUUCCCAUUUGAUAGACUUGUGAGUUUUUUGCCUUUGUAGGUGGAAAAUGGGUUAUCAAUUUGCAGAUACCUCAAACUUAAUCACCGUGUCCGUGAGGAUUCCGCAAAUAUCCUCCCGGCUGUUCUAAGCACCGUACUUUUAUUGCUUCGUAAGUUUUUCAAAAAUAUUCACAAUUAAAAAAAAACAAAACAUUUCAGUACUCGUAAGUGGUGUUUUUUUCGUCGUCAGUGUAAUUGGUUUUUUAUUUCUGAUCGCAAACCAAUCAAGAAAGCAAUUUCUAUAUGGAAAAGUCUUUACAAUUAUUGCUGCUGCUGAAGAAGAAAACUCCGAGAGAAGUACACAAGAAUUCGGAAAGUGUCGAAUGUGCAAGGAAUAUUUCGAUGAAGAACCCAAAAGUUAUUGUAAAUGUUCCAAAAAAUACCACAAAACCUGCAUGGAAAAAUGGGUGACACGAGAGGCACGAUUUACGAGUUGUAAAUAUUGCAAUAAUGAUUUUAAAACCAAACAUAGAAAGGCGACAAGCGAUGAAAUUGAGGCGAGGAAAAAUCAGCGAAAAGUUAUAUUGCGGAAGGUUUUGUGGGCGUUUUGGUGGUGGAUAGUUAUGAACUUGCUACCAUUUUUGUUUCUGACAUUUUCUUAUAACUUUACAUAUUUGUGAGUUUUAAAUAAAAAAGAAUAUUUUCAUCUUUGAUAAUAUUCAUAUUUUUUGCAGCUACAUUUCUACUGAUGGUUGUACUGACAAGAUCAAAUGUCCAAAGUUCAUGAAAUUUUCUGUGGACCCUGCAGGUUUAUCUAUGGGUAAGUUUUUGAAAUAUUCUUCUCUCCUCAAAAAACAAAAGUUUUUUUUCAGUAUUAGGUUACGCGAUUAUUUUCUUUUGUUUUCCAUGUUCUUUAUCACCGAUGGUAUAUUUGAAAAUAUGGGAAUUUAUAUAUGAAGAUGUAUAUACAAUUGUUGACAGCGAACCGACAAAAUCCGAGAAAAUUGAUGCAAAAUCGAGAAGUUUAGAACGAAUUGUGUGA